UUUUCCUGCUUCGGUCAGAUGCAUCAUGUGAUGCCAUCCCCGUAGCAGCUUUGCAACCAAGCAGGCUGACCUUAGCUCACUUUCUUAAAGAACAUGUUCUCCUUCUGAACUUCCUUCUUUUUAACAGCAGUCAGGCUACAUGGUUCACUGUAACUGUGCUAAAACCCCCUCAUUUCGCUGUGAAAUCACUCGUUCAGUUGGGAAGGAGUUUGUGAACAUGGUGGCAGUCAGCAUGUUAUCGGUUCUCCUCUUUGUUUCAGGUGCUUUUGCUGAUUGUCCUAAUAAAGACCCAGACCUCUUCAUAACUGCACCAAAGAAGCUGAAAGCACUGAGUGGAUCUUGUUUGCAAAUCCCAUGUAGCUUCAGACCCAAAGAAGAACAGAAAUUUGACAGCACAAGAAAAAUCUUUGGAGUGUGGAUUAAAAAUGAUUCCAAAUUUGACAAGAAUCCAAACAAUGUGAUCUUCAACAGUAAUGGACAAGUUAGCAUCUAUCCAAUGAGUAUUACUGGGAACCUGAGUCAGAGAGACUGCACCACUCUGUUUUCUAAUUUAACCACAAACUACACAGACACAUACUUCUUCAGAGUAGAGAGUGAACCAUUCAAGGCAACAGCUGCUUGUGAUCCUCUUCAAAUAACAGUCAGAGAUUCUCCUUGGAGGCCCAAUAUUACAAUCCCAGGUGAUCUGAAGGAGAAGCAGUCUGUCACUAUAACCUGCUCAGCUCUCACUCCCUGUCCACACUCCCCUCCUCAACUCACCUGGAAUCUCCAACAAGACUCUCACAACAAAAUAGAGAAAAACACAGAUGGAAACUUUACAACUAAAAUCCAGCAGACCAUCACUCUGUCAGACACACAUGAUGGAAAGAAGAUCAGCUGCUCUGCCAGAUAUCCUGUGAACCAAGGAAAAGACACCAAGACAGCAGAGACAGAAGAGACUCUCAGUGUUUCAUAUGCUCCUAAAGACACCUCAGCAUCCAUCAGUCCAUCAGGUUUGGUGUCAGCAGGCAGCUGGGUGAAGCUGACCUGCUCCAGCAGAGCCAAACCUCCAGUCAGCAGCUUCACCUGGUUCAAUAAGAGCAAAGAUGGAGCUGUGAAAGUAUCUGAAGGAGAGAUUUACAGCAUCAAUGGAACAGAUGGAGGAGUUUAUUACUGUGUGGCCACUAAUGAUCUGGGUAAUCAGACAUCAGCAGAGAUUCAUCUUAAUAUUUCAGGAACUGAUACGUGGUGGGCUGCUGUUGGAGGGAUCAUUGGGAUCAUCACACUCAUUUGUUUGGUUUUCAUCCUUUGGCGGCUGAAGUCAGUCAAACAUGGAGCUUCCGAUCAGACACAGAGUCUGUCUCUCCAAGAAGCAGCCAGAACAGCAGAAAAUGAAGACAUCCGUUAUGGAGAGAUUGACUUCUCCAAACAGAGACCCAGACCUUCUUUAGAUCCAUUGCAGGAGAGCACACAGCAGCAGGAUUUGGUGUAUUCACAGGUCAAAGUGUGCAAGACUCAAAGCAGAGACAGGCCAUCACAGACAGCUGAUGGCCCAGAGUGUGUCUACGCUCAAGUGCAGAAGAAAUGAGUGUGGAAGUGUCUUUGGUUGAUUAAAACUACGUAGAGAAAGAUGCUGUCUUCCAAUUCAUUACAAAGAACCCGAUCAGGAUGUUCAUGUCUGAUGAAUAUAUAGUUGUAGAAUAGCGCUUCCAUAGAAUGUUUCUUUUAAAAAGGUACUUUUGAAGUAAAGUUUGAUUAGCUGUUUAUCUCCAGUAAAAUAUUUAUUAUUAUUUUUUAUCAUUUUGUGUAUUUUUAUUGUGGAGAAUAUUUAUCAUAAGUUUAUCAUAUAUAUUUUAUUUUUAAUGUUCCUAAAAUGAAGGUGAUGCACAGUUAUUAUGUAUCAGAUUUUCUCUUUAAUGGCUUGGCAUUCAAGUGAAACAUCAAAUCUACUUUUGUAUUUAUUGAGCCAAAAUAUUGUGUUCUUGUAGGAGAAGCAAAACUGCAAAAUGUUGCAUGAAAUUAGCUUCUUACAUUUAUUAACCUGCCCAAAUGAAUUUAUCAUGUUUUACUCUGAAGUUUUACUUAUAACGCACACUAAAUAUCAGAUUCAUUGGUGCAUUUCUGCAGAUGUUCUUUACACCCUCACUAUUCCUAAUACACAGUUCAUUUAAAAAACAGGGAUGUGCAAGUUUACUUUAUUAGGUGCACAUUGCUAGUAUUGGGUUGGCCUCCCUUUUGCUGGUCUUAAUUCUUUGUGGCAGAGAUUUAACACAGUGUUGGAAACAUUUGCCUUCAUUUUACAACAUUUUGCAUCACAGCUGCUGCAGAUUUGUCAGCUUCGCAUCCAUGAUGUGAAUCUCGUUCAACUAAAUCCCAAAGGGGCUCUAUUGGAUUGAGAUCUGGUGACUGUGGAGGGCAUUUGAGUAAAACUCAUUCUCAUAUUAAAAAAACACAAUCUGAGAUAAUCUGAAUAUUGUGACAUUGUGGCUUAGUCUGCUGAGUAUCCAUUACACCACAAUCAACCUGACCUGUUAUUAGCAAGGAUCACUCCAUUCUUUCACGAUGAUCUUCAUGUUGUGCUGUCAGAGAUGCUCUUCUGUGAGUGGUUAUUUGCAUAACUUUCAGCUUUCUGUAAGCUUGAAGUAGUCGACCAAUUCUCCUCCAAUGUCUGGCAUCAUCAACAUGUUUUUCCCCCCAGAGCACUAACACUCACUGGAUGUUUUCUCUUCUUUCGACCAUUCUUUUGGAGAACCUUAGAGAUGGCUGUUUGGGAAAAUCCCAGUAGAUCAGAAGUUUUGAAAUACUUGGAGCAGACAUUCAAAGUCACUUAAACCACCUUUCUAUCUAUUUCUGAUGUCUCCAUGCAUGAAUGCUGCUACACAGCUGGAUGAUUAGAUAUUUAUGUUAACGAGUGAGUGUAAAUGGCAAUACAUGGGUUUGUUUGUUAGUGAAAGUGAAACACGGUCAGCGAGCCGAUGCAAAUGUUCUGGUGUAUGGCUUAACUAGCCACUACACCUGCAAUAUCAUGAUAUUUCUGUAUGUGACAUCCGUUCCCUAAACUUAAUUUCAGGUACUGGAUGUUAACAUGCUGCCAUUAGGCAUACUCAACUAAGGUACUGCAAUUGUAAUGUUACAGUUUCAUAAACAGAGGUGUGUUUUGUGCCUUCAUUUAAACUUUCACAAUUUUCA